AUGAAUGUGAACGAAGGACAAAUGGACUCUGCUGAAUUCCCCGCAUUUAGGGGGAUAGUGCUUCCCACCGGCACAAAGCUGGUGGAGACACCGUUUCAGCUGCAGAUUUCAGACAUGCAUUCUCUGGCACAGAGAGGUUUUAACCCCACUAACAGUGAAGGCAAGUUCUUAUUUAUUCAUCAUGUCCUUGUGUGCUCACAGGCAGCGAGGACUGACAGCAGCCCACAGCAUCUGACGCCCGACCGCCAUCCACCGCCAUCCACUGCCACCCGCGCAGCGGAGGCCGGCGCUGCCCCCCGCUGCCAGGCAGAGCAGGCAUUCCUGCCUGUUGCCACCGGCUUUAUUUCCGCUUUUGAAUCCCCGGGGAUGGACAACUCGCUGCUGAAAAAGGAGGAAAAAAACAACUUUUUUUUUUUACCUAUAACAGUUGAUGAAUCUGAACUUCUCACUGUGCCAGACGGAUGGAAAGAGCCAGCCUUUACAAGAGAGGAUAACCCCAAAGGGCUGCUGGAAGAAAGCAGUUUUGCAACGUUAUUCCCGAAGUAUAGAGAAGCGUACUUGAGAGAGUGCUGGCCACUUGUCCAGAAAGCCUUGAGUGAACAUUAUGUGAACGCAACGCUGGAUCUAAUUGAAGGAAGCAUGACUGUCACUACCACAAAGAAGACUUUUGAUCCAUAUGCAGUCAUCAGGGCUAGAGAUUUAAUAAAACUUCUGGCAAGAAGCGUUCCAUUUGAACAGGCAGUUCGUAUCCUUCAGGAUGAUGUUGCAUGUGACAUCAUUAAAAUAGGCUCUCUGGUGAGGAAAAGAGACACUUUUAUAAAAAGAAGAGGACGACUUCUUGGGCCAAAAGGAUCUACUCUGAAGGCUCUGGAACUGUUAACAAACUGUUAUAUUAUGGUGCAAGGCAACACUGUUUCAGCUCUUGGACCCUUCAGUGGGCUAAAAGAGGUUAGAAAAGUUGUUCUGGACACAAUGAAGAAUAUACAUCCCAUAUAUAACAUUAAGACUUUGAUGAUCAAAAGGGAAUUAUCAAAAGAUCCUGAACUAAGGUCACAAAGUUGGGAAAGAUUUUUGCCUAAGUUCAAACGGAAGAACUUGAAAAAACGCAAAGAACCAAAGAAGAAAAAUAUGAAGAAGGAAUACACACCGUUUCCACCUCCACAGCCGGAAAGCCAGAUUGAUAAAGAAUUGGCAAGUGGUGAAUACUUCUUGAAAGAAAGACAGAAGAAACGAAAGCAAGUGGAAGAGAUAAAGGCAAAGCAAGCAGAUGCAAUAAAGAAAAGACAAGAAGAAAGAAAUAAAGCUUUUAUCCCACCAAAGGAAAAAACAGUUGUGAAAACAAAGAAAGCCUCCACUGAGAAUAAAAUUGAUAUCGAAGCCAUCAAGGAAAAGGUAAAGAAUGCAAAGAAGAAGAAAUUAGGAGCACUUCCUGUGGAAGAAGUCAAGUUAAAAGUGGCAGCAGAUGAAAAGAAAAAAAAGAAAAAAAAGAAAUUCACCACCUGAGAUGCUCACUUUUCUCCUACGCUAAUGAACGUUUUCACACUUGGAAGAUUCAAGACUUCUUGCUGUCAGUAUAAUCUGAACAAGAAAAGACUAGGUAGAAAGGUCAUUCUCUUUUCAUAAGUACAGUUUAAUUAGUGGACCUAAAGCAGCUGUGCAGAGUUGGCAAGGUUGGUGAAGAAAAUCUGUGCUGCUCUGUUUGACAAAGUAAGAGAGUGUAUUUGGAUACUAUCCAUCUGCCUGAAGGGAAGGUUUCAUAAUAUAAAAUUCAUUUAGGAGUUUGAUGCAGGAUGUUAAACAUUAGGGUCAGAGAACUCAGUGGGAGUUUAAGGUUGUCCUGUGAAAGACUGCCAGACUAUAUGCAGCCUCACUUAUGGUGAUAACUUUUACAAAAUGGGCAAGAUUUAUUACUAUAUUAUGCUUUUGUUUCUGUAAAAGCUGAUUUUUUUUUGGUGUCUUUUCUUGCUGUUAAUAAACUAUUUUAAUACAUUGUU